UGGCCAGGUCGCAAUUGUAAAUGAGAACUUGUUCUCAACUUGCCUACCUGGUUAAAUAAAGGUGAAAUAAAUAAAUGAAAAAAAAAACAACUGAACAGAUGAACAGCAAUGAUUUUGACUCUAACAGGUUGCCCAAAAAUAUAUAUAUCUUAAAGCCACGCCCUUACUAAGCCACACCUCCACUCCAGGGUUCCUCCAAGAACCCAUUGCUACAUUGAACCAUUAAAAGGUCCCUCAAAAACCCCUCAACUAACCAAAGGUGCAAAUAUGAACCAUUGACUAGCAAUGGUUCCUUGAGGACCUCCAUGGGUUCCUUGAGGAUCUCCAGGUUUCCUCGAGUCACCACUAAUUCUCUCUUAGGCUGAUCCAGAGAGACUCAUCCUUGCUUUUAUUACAAGCAGGCUUGACUACUGUAAUGCUCUCCUAUCUGGUCUACCCAAGAAAGCCAUUAGUCAACUGCAAAACAUACAAUAUAGCCUGGAAUAGCCUUCUAGAGAACCUGAGGGGGGCAGAAACUGUGGACAUAUUCAAAAGAGAUCUUGAAACACACAUUUUUAGCUUUGUUUUUCCUUCAAUCAGUUUGCGUUAUUAUUUUUGUUUUACAUCCAUUUAUGUUUGUUGUGUAGUAAAUAUUUCAGUUUUUAUUGUCAAUGUUUUUUGGUGUUGUUUUUCUUUCAGUAGAGCACAUUGCGUUGCAUUCCAUGUCUGAAAUGUGCUAUAUAAUGAAGCUGGAUUUGAUUUGAAGAGUGUAAAGUACCAGAAACGAUUCUGCUAUUCUUACAAGCCCAAUAACCCGUAUUUGGCACUAUAUAGAACCAUUUGUUUUUAGUGUGUUCCGAUAGGAAGGAAGAAUAGGAAGGGGAAGGGUUAAUUUGCGGCUGGGGAAACCUGAUGCUAAUUAAGUCUUUGGAAUGUCACAUACUAGCAUUCUAUUCCAGAAGCCUUCAGAGUGGGUCAGACAUAGAGUGGGUCAGACAUGGAGUGAGGGGAGCGAUGCACGUUUCAAAUUGUUUUCUUAUCUUAUUGACGACAUUCAAAAAGGGCAUCCACACCAAAUACCAGAGCCACAGGAAGAUAAACAAAUGCAAAAUGGCAUUGUCCAGAAUAGUGCUGUUGUUAUUGGUGUACUCGUUAUCACUACAUGACACAGUAAGAGGUGUCGCAGAGAUAUGCCGGGGGACUCACUGCCACCGUGGCGAGACUGGGGAUCCCAGACCGUGCGUCGGAGCCCAAUGCCUGGGGGGUAGAUCAUCCAGACCACCGCGGCAAUAUAACCCGACAACACAGGGCAGAUCGGGACAGGCAGUCCCCAGCCAGCACCAUGUGUACCACAGCUCUCAGUCAAGAGGAGACACAACAGACACGUAUGUUGUUCAACCACAGCGCGGUAGGCACAGUGACAGCGUUAGAGAAAGCGCAAGGAUGCAAACGUCUGAAGUUUUCGUUUCAGGAUGUACUGGAGCGGAUUGCGUUACUCCUCAGAAACAGCUCCACGCUUUUAACGACACCAGAGACUGCAAGGGAAUCGAAUGUAAAUUACCACUAAGGAUACGGCCAAAGCCCCGUCCAAAAGAUUGUAUGGGAGAGGGCUGUCUGGCUGAUGAUGCCGCAGCUUCCAGCCAGCCUUCCCCUGUCCAUAUGCCGGACAGAGCUGCUCAGUUUCUGGGAGAAUUUCCAGAGUUUGGAUAUCCUGCAUCUGAACUUGGCAGUGCGCCUUUGGGAGUGCAGCUCACAUGUGACAUUAAACCAGGGGAGAAUGAGGUGCCUUCAGAGGAUGCCCUCAUCUUACACCUCCAACUGGCUAAGGGGCAGGAGAAGCUGGUAGAGGCCCUUCAGGCAGGGCAGACGAUCAUCCGCGACCUGCAGCAAAAGCUAACCGAACAGCAGGAGGCGCUGUUGGCCCAGCAGCGGGAGAUCCUGGAGCAGCAGCGCCGCAUGUAUGAGCAGAUGGACGUGGUCAAGGCACAGUAUGGCCUGCUCUCUGACACCGUCAAGCAGGUGUCCUUCCAAGGCCUCCAAGGGGAGCUCCAGAGCUACUUCGAGAGCCACCUGGCAGGCCUCCAGAGCCAGGCUCGGAGCCACCUGCAGAAGUCCUAUGCCGUUCGCAAGGGCAUGCACAUGGAUGUAGAUGCUAAGUUGAUGGAUGUGGUUGGGGAAGCCCACCUUCCGCACCCUCUGCUGGGGUGUGGUGCCCCGUGUGGACCGGAGGAUUACUGUGACUUCCAGAGGGAGCCGCCGCAGUGUGAAAAGUGUACCAUGUGCCCACCUGGUUUCUUCCUGGUCUCUCAGUGCUCUCCCAAUGCAGACAGAAUAUGCCAGGACAGAGACGAAUGCCUUGAAUUACCAAACCUAUGUGGACAGGGAGUGAAGUGCCUCAACACUCCAGGAGGGUUCAGGUGCCUGGGCAUGUCGGAAAGGGAGGCUGCUGCUGGAGUAUGUGGCCAUGACUACUUCUACAACCAGGAGCUUCCGGAGUGCCAGGCUUGUUCUGACUGCAAUGGAGAACCCAUUGCCAUCCCCUGUACAGCCACCAGUGAUUCUGUCUGUGGACCCUUCACAGACAACCUGAUGUCCCAGUCCUGGGGUGCCACCGUGACCUUGCCCCCAGCCAGGGCUCUCGGCAGCCACAUCUUCCCUGGCCUCCAGCUCAAUGUCCAGAGCAAAGAAGCCACAGACUUGCUGUCCAACCAUGCCGGCCGGCUAUCCUUCCAGCAGCACGGCUUGAUGUGGCUGGACCAUAACUUUGCCCUAAAGCACAAUUGCAGGAACUUCCUCCAGGUGGGCAUGCGACUCAACAGCAGUCAAGAGGAGGAGGGCCACGACCUCAGUGGGGUCCGCAUUGAGCAGCCAGACGGGAAGUACUUCCAGGGAGUUAGUGUUAGUGGCAUCGCAGAGGUCGAGCCCAACCACAUGCUGACUCUGUUCCUGAAGAGUCCCAACCAGCAUUGCAACCAGAGCAAGGACCUUCAUGUCUACGAACUCAAUGGGCCUUCCUUCAGCAUGCUCUGGCUGUCCCACGAUACUGGAGCCGUGGCCAUGACAGCACAGAUGUCAAUGUCAGCCCACUACCAGACCAACUACCGUCCAACCUUCCGCAUCACCUCCGUCUCUGACCCUUACAUGGUGGGGUUGACCCACGACAGCCGCGGGGUGCGCUUUACAGAGAGUGGCGUGGUUAAAUUUGUCCUACAGCAAGCGCUGUACUCCAUGGGCCAUACCUGCAUCCGAGAGGGCUUCUCUCUGGUGGCCUACGCCAACCGCAAUGGGACCAACCAGGAAUUGAUGCAGGCAUUCAAGUCGGGCGUCAACUACAGGGACACAUCCAUCACCCUUUCUGGGGCUGUCAGGGUGGAUAGUGGGCACUCGCUUAGUUUCGAGAUCCUAUCCCCAUCCCAGUGUAAUAUCCGCUACUUUGGAGACAGUACUGGGAUCAGUAUACUGAGCCUUAUCUGGAUCCCCUCAGCUGUCUCCUCUGCCCUGACUGCCACAGUGUCCAGGACAGGCCUUCCCUCUGGAGUCGUCCGCAACAAAGCCCUCCUCUUCCAGCAGGUCAGCCCAGAAUCAGACCAAGUGCGCCUGGCCCAUUCUGGGGAACCCAACGCCCAAAAGAACUUUGUCUUCUGGGGGGACGGGACAGCUAACGUGGCCCUCAACCUGAAGCUGAUCCAUUCUUGUAACGUGGUGAAGCUCACUCUGCACCGGCAGGGGGGCAGCGGGGAGGGUGGACAGGCUACACCCGUGGCCCAGCAGAUUUCUGGGCACAUGCCUGAGGGCAGCGAGUGGGCCAACGUGGGCCUGAGGGCCUCCUUCCAGGUCCAAAACGGUACAGCCAUCUAUGUGACAUUGGACUGCGUACGUGGUCGUGUUAACCAGAUCACCCACAAGGGAGGCACUAACAUAUCCAUCCUCUGGGUGGCGUUGUGAUCCAAAAAGAGGACCUUUUUUGUUGUUUACUUUGUCACAUUUUGUCAACACGUUUUAGAAACAAACAUGGUUUCGCACAAUUUCAAAUCACAGAGCAAAUUUGGAACCUCACUUAACGUCACAGGUGCUUCCAAGGUAGAGGAACUUUUUUGAAAUGGAAGGUUGUGUUUUGUCUAAUGUUAACAUUUUUGUCAUGUUAAUGUUGUUUGUAUCUUAUGACUGAUACUUUGUUGAUUCAUUGAUUUUUUUUGGGGGGGAUGACAAGUACUGAUGUUGCUCGAAGUACUUCGGCUGGUUGAGCAGUGACCAAUUAUUUUGUAUGAAGUAAGCUGAAUGAUGUGUGUGUGUUUAUAAUGUUUGUUAUGCUUUUUAUUAUGCUAUAUCUUAUUCCAUCAAUUUCCUGCACAUGAAUAUGAAAUGUUGCCUUUCAAUGCGUGUGUAUUACAGAGUAUUUUGAUAAAAGAGCAUUUAAAUAUUUUAAAAUGUAUUAUUUAACUUUCACCAAGCUGUUAUUUUUAUUUCAUAUUUUCAAUAACUUAUUCUGAAUUUUAUGUCACUUAAAAUAAUAAUAGAGUAACAUUGGAAAUAAAUGUAUCGAUAUACUAUUGGAAACAUACCUUACUUCAUAAACAGAAUUGUACUUCAAUCUCUUUUGAUAAAACAAUCACAGUUGUGUCAAUACUGUGCUUCUAGGAUACAUGUAUGUCAAACAAUAGAAUUAUGUUACAAAUAUUUAUGUGACCAUGGAACUACAGUAUAAGUGUAGUAUACAUUACAUAUACUUACAUAAAUGGUGUAGGGAAAGUUUAUCCUCAGAUUAUUAUCAUCUUUACAUUUGAUAAUUCACACAAAUCAGGUUUUAUGUAGCAACAAUAUGUUAACCGUUAACUGCAUAAUGUAUGUUGUGCUUUAGCCUCAAUACUCUUGGCCCUGUGGGAGUGCUGUCUAUGCAUAGCAUUCUUAAUUGCCUUUGUGCAUGUUCUGUCCCCCAAACAUUUACACACAAUGAAGUGUUUCAGAGAUUUGGCAGCAAAGCGGUCGGUCACUGAAAUACCUCUGCUUUAUUUUCACUUCGCCAUGCAAUGCUUGGUGAAUUGUUUGACUUCACAUGUAUUGUAGAACAACAAUGAGUGUAUUCUUGUUUUUUUCAAAGCCAAAUAAAAAUUCACAAAUUUUGUAA